UCUUGUGACUAUUGGUUCACUUUCUGCAAACAAAACCAAAACAGCCAAACACACCUUCCGAUUUGCUCACUCUCAUUUCCGUCUUCUUCUUUCCGGUUGAUCUUCAAUUCCUCAUCGUUUCUUCUGUUCUUUCAAAUCAUUCGAUUGAUUUCUAGGGUUUUGCGUUAUAAAAUAGCAUACAAAAUCAAGCAGCAAGGAGAUAGAUUAAUGGAUUGGGGAAACGUAACAGCAGAAGAUCUGAUUGACGCUCUCAGAGAAGUAGAUUGGUCAUCUCCGCCGCGUCCGCUCUCUGAAUUCUUCUCCAGAUUCACACUCCCUCGUUCUUCUUCUAAAUGGAACAGCCGCCUCAAAUGCAAUCUCUAUUACUAUCGGACUAACUACUUCAUCAUGAUCAUUCUGAUUCUCGGUAUUGGGUUUAUUAGGCGGCCACUUGCUAUAGCUGCUGCUAUUUUAACUGCACUUACUGUUGCCUUUCUUAAUGAUAGCUUUGCAGGUACUUUUAGUGAGAAGGCAACAAGAACUGUGAGACAAUUGUAUCCACAUCUAGCUGCUAAGAUGCGCCCUCCUCAUACCAGGCCUGUUCUUCGUGGACGUCCAUCAGCUAAAAGGGCUAUCUAUAUAUGUGGUCGGCCGCGUUGGGUCUUUGUCUUGAUAUUCUCCAUUGCGAGUUUCUCCCUUUGGUAUGCAUCUUGUGGCCUGUUGACUGUUCUGUGGGCACUUGCCAUUGGUCUUCUUGCGACUAUUUUACAUGCAAGUCUUAGAACACCUAAUCUGAAAGCACGGCUGAAUACAUUUCGCGAGGAAUUUCGUGCUGUUUGGCGCAAUUACAGUGAGCUGUAGCUUUGAAUGGUUUUUGAUUGUGUUAUUCAGAAUAGCUGCUUGUUCUCAACUUGCUGCUAUUGUUGCUACCGAAUAACUUUGAAUGAUUGGACUGGGCAUAUCCCAAGGCAAAGGCAGCUAAUCUUGAUAAAUUUCCAGAAUGUUGUAAAUUGUUUGGAGUCGCCUUUCUGUAAAUCAGACAGUUUCUGUUUAUAAUCCAUGUUUGGAGAAAAAACUAAGGAAGUAAUUGAAAGAAGCAUUUGUAGGAUUUAUGGGGUAGCUAUUAAUAGCCCUUCUUGUUGUCAAUGUGUCAGUUACCUCAGAAGCAGCAUCAAGUAACUUGUAAUGUGAUGGUGAAGAGUUGUAUUAGUGGUUGUUUCUUGCUCUCAGGAUCUACCAAAUGUUCAUUUAAUUGAAAUGAAGCAUUAUGACAACGUAAAAACAUUCUUUUUAA